CCCUAACACUAAUGCGACUCUGAUUAGGAAUAUAACUCUGACUAAUUACAUAACAGUACUCGUAGUAUAACAUAAUACUACUCGUACUACACAUACUCUAAUAGAUGGCAGAUGCCCGCCGCUCAGCUCUUGGAAGAUCCCGCAGUGCCACAAGGGGAAGUUGUACUGGUGGCACUCGAUGGGGCAGAGCAAUAAGAGUUUGGUGUUCGAUUCGUUCGACAUUGCGAGGGAAUUGUUCGAGGUAGUCGAGGUGCAUUUCGAUUCGGAGAAAGAGUACGAUGCUCCGAUGUAAUUGUUGAACGAGGAAUAGAUGUUGGCGGUCUUCCCCGAGUACUACGAGGAGAACCAUGACGAAUACGAAGACACGAAGUGGAGCACGACGUGGGACGUGUGUGUGCUGAUGAAGUAUUGGGUGCCGGAGUCCUGGAUGAAACUGUAUGUCGUUGCGAAUCCUAUUCCUUGUGGAAUGUCCAUUGAUUGUUGCGCUGGGAUUUCGAGGGACUUGAAGUUUUUCUUCCUGACGGUUCCUACUGAUAUGAUCAAGGAUGAUGGGAGGUACUUUGGAGAUCGCAGCCUAAUUCCAUUUCAUCUCGAGACUGCAGAGUUCGGUGAUGUUCAAAUUGAAGGAACUUGCGUAAAGGUUAUUACGAAUUAUGUACCCUCUCGAGAGUGUCUCUUCGAGAUUACCUUCCGAUGUCUCCAAACAUAAUCAGCAAUGUCUCUAAUGGUGAGCUUAGCUUAUAAUUUUGCUUCAUUACAGUUAGCCUAGCUUUGCACAUUUGAUUUGAUCUUGUCAACCAGGUGUUUGUUACUAGGGAUUCUAUCUUUAAUUUUGCCAUUUGAGUAUAUAAAAUUAUAAAUCCUUCUUUGCAUUCUCUGUGAGGUUUUAACAGUAUCAAUGCAGUGAAGCUUGAAUUAGUAUUUUGCUCUGCUCCAUGAGCUUUUUUUUAUCUAGUUUAUGUGUUGUAGUGUGGUCUGUUAUUUUCUUGAUAUGAAUGUUAUUUGUUAUCGGCUUUAUGGGUUUUCACAUCUCUUCAAGAAACUUGUGACAACUUUGUAAGGAAGUGGUUAUAUAAGUACCAUACAGGAGCGUAUCAAGGAUAAGAUAGUCUAACGGAGAGAGGACGAGAGGAGAGGGAGUGUGUGGGUGUGGCAAUCGGAAAGAACGGAGAGAGUGCUCGACUGCUCGUAGAGUUUGGAGAGAGGAAUGAAAUGGAAAGUCAUAACUCAUAAAUAUAUAUAUGUAGUAAUCAGAUGUGUUAGUUAUCUGUUUUAAAAAAUAUCCUUAAUCCAAUAUUGGUCGUCAGUUUAUAAAUAGGAAAUUAUAAAAAUAAUAGAAGGCGUAGAUGUAGACCGCCACACUGACAACCAAAAAACUAGUAGUCACCUAGGGUUAGAUAGCAUGAAUACCUUAAAGGGUUGGAAAAAAUGACACCCCCUAUUAAUUUUACGGUAAUAAAAUUGAUUUACAUUU